AUUAAUUAUCCUACCAACCAAUUGGUAUGUUACAAUGUACUAUCUUUACAGAUGAUAAAGAAUUCGUUCAACUUAGAAUAAUUUGCCAACAAAGUAUCACAAUUUUCAAAUUAACAUUGUUUAUUGAUUGAAACGAUUUAAUUCCGUAUUAAAUUAUUAAUUAAUCUAUUUUUGUAUUAUUUCAAUAUUAAGUAACUGCAAAAGAAUUGGUAAUGUUUUUUAAGUGCAGCAAUGGAAGAGCCAUACGAAAGAGAAUUGUAUAAUUUAUUUAAAAGUUUUGAGCAUAAUGAUAAUGGUUUAUUGGAUCAUAAUGGCAUAAAUUCUUUAUGUGAAACUUUGCAACUGGAUUCCAAUCAGAAAAAACAAAUAUGGUCAUACUUAGAUCAAAACCAGAGCAUAUCAUUUCAACAAUUUCGAGAUGCCUUAAUUUUUUUGGCUAAUAAUGAUCUUAGAGAAAUGAACAAAAAAAGAGAAUCAUCUCCUGGCAGAGAAAUAUCACCCAUAUAUGUAUCUGGAGCAAAAAAAUAUGGCCGUCGAUCAAAACCUCGUCAUGAUAGUUUUAUUCUGAGUCCACCUAGUAGUUUUUAUGGAAACACUAACAAUUGCUUAACAGCCAAUUCUCAACAUGUGGAAAACGAAAAUUUUCAAUUAAAUUAUGAACCUAUUGAUGACAUUCAAAACAAAGCCAAUACAUUAUUCCAUUGUGAUGAUAAAAGUAAUCUGUCAAUAGAUAAGCAUAGUUUGAGUGUAGCUUGCGAACACCUAGAUAUUUCAAAUGGGUUUAUUUCAAAAAAUCAAUUAUUUAUCAUCACACAACGUUUGAACAAUAAUGAAAAAUUUGUUGAAAAAAUUAAUGAAAAGUAUAUAAAUGAUGAUAUUCCAAUAAAAGAUGUUUUAGACCUAAUAAAUAAUUUAGACAGUCGAUCCAUGUCUCCUGAUUCUGAAACAUCAACAUCAGGAAUAUCUUCAACAUCAUUCUAUAACAAUGGAGACAAUAUUCAAGAGUCAAUGUUUUUAAAUGUAUAUUCUGUAUUAGAACUAUGGGAUAACUGUGGUAUAACUGAGCCAAUAACUUUACUUCAUCACUUAGGAAUUAAUACAUCUACAGAUUCAAUACUUAACAUUUCAGAACUGAUAUUUAAUAUAAAUACAGAGGUCAAUCAAAUACAAAACAGUUUAAAUAUGUCAACUCUACCUAAUUAUGAUUUAAUGCAUUCUGCUUUUUUUUAUAUAAAAGCUUUAAACUCACUAAAUGAAUAUCACAUUAAAAGGCUAAAAGUAGUUAUUGAACAAGUUAAUUGUGAGAAAGACAAAUUAAAAUUUGAUGUAGAAACAGCUAAUGAUAGAGCUGCUAUGCUUGCACAAGAAGUGGAUGAAAACCAUAUGAGGCUAGAAAAAUCUUCGCUAGAAAAAAUCAAUGCUCUUGAACAAAAACAGAAUGAAGAAAAGAAAUCUUUAAUGAAUCAAUGGUUUACAGAAAAAGAUAAUUUAUUUAGCCAAAUCAAUAUUCUUAAUGAAAAUCUGAAAGAAAUUCAAAAUUAUAAAUCUGAAUUACAAUUAGAACUAGUAAAAACAAAAGAGAAAGUUGGUAAAUUAGAAAAAGAAAAUUCAAAACUACAAGAACAAUUAGAAGAUACAAUUAAUAAAAAUACCAUUUUAGAAGUAUAUGUUCAAGAAAUUCCCAAAUUAAAAUUAAAGGAGAUAGAAUUAGAAUCAAGUAAUGUUGAAAUCAUGGAAUUAAUGGAGAAAAUUGAUUACCUAAAAAAUGAAAAUAAAAAUUUAAGAGAUCAAAAUGAUGAAUUAGCUAUUGAAUUAGAAUCCGUUAAAGGAAGGUCAAAUAAUCAAAAUUUGAAUGAAUCAUUUGAAAGUAACAUGAGAAAUUUCUUAGCUGAAAAAAAUAGUCCAAAUUGCUUUGGUAAAAUAAAUAUUUUUUCUUCCUCUAAUAAUUUUAUUGAAGAAUCUAUAGACUCACCAAACAAUAUAGAAACAAACAUUGAGUCUGAUGUUACUUUAAACAGAGAUGAUUUAACUACAUGUUCAGAAGAAAAAACAACUUCAAUAUCAUCAACACUUAUUAAUAGUUUAAAAUCAAAAAUUUCUCAAUCGGAUAUGAAUGUAGAACAAUUAGAUGAAUUAAUUUCUUAUUUUAAAAUUAAAAAGCAAAAAUUACAAUCUACUGAUAAUUUUAAUGGUUCAUCAAUAUCUUGUUGUCAUUCUUCAUCACCUACAACUAAAAACUUUACACGUCGAUCAUUAAUCAAACAGUUUGAAAAUUCAUUAGAUUCUGAAACUGUUCAAAACAAAAUAAAUGAUGUAGAAAAAUUGAAAAAUUUAUAUGAGGAAUGUAAAAGUGAAAAUGACAUAUUACAUCUUAGAUGUGAACAAAUUACUAAGGAUUGGGAAUUAAGAUACAAUGAUUUAGAAGAAGUAGCUGAUAAAGCAUUGGAUGAAGCAAAAAAAUUGAAAGAUGAAUGUGCAGAUUUAGAAAGUGGAAUGGAUGAUCUACGAAAUGAAUAUUUUGAAUGUGAAGAAUAUUGGUCUAUGAAAUUAGACGAGGAAAGAAGUUUAAAUGAAAAGGAAAAGAAAGUUUAUGAACAUAAGUUAAAUAAUUUAGAGGCAAAAAUUAAAGAAUUCAGUGAUUUGACAAAAAAAAAUAACGAGAAGCUAUCACCAAUUAUUGAAAAUGCUGAACUAGAAGAACAAAUUAAUUGUCUUCAAAAAGAUUUUAUGGAGUAUCAAACUCAAACUAAAGAAAAAUUAACAAAUUUACUUGAGGAAAAUAAAGAGCUAAAAUCUAAAGUAGCCCCAAUGAUAAAGAAAAUUGAUCGUGAAGUUUCUGCUUCUAUAUUAUUUGAAGAGUGUGAAAAAUGUAAAGAGAAUAAUAAAGAAUGCCAUGAAUUAAAAAAUAAGUAUUCAAGUGUUAAAACUACAUGUGAAAAACUUACCAAAGAGUGUCGUGCACUUUUACAAAAAAGAAGUGGGUUAUUAAAUGAAAUAUCAAAACUACAACAGUAUUUUAUAAAUUUAUCUAAUAACCAAUUACCUCGUCAAGACAUAUAUUAUUCUAAUCAACUUACUGCUGAUGCAAAGAAAUGUAAAGAAUUAGAACAGAAAAUUCUCAUAGAACAAACAAGACACCAGAAAUUCACUGAUGCUAUUUGGAAAGAACAUCAAAUGAAAAUAGAUGAAGUACAUAAAAUAAUUCGAUCCUUACAAGAUAAACUUGAAGAACAAAUGAAGCUUAAAAAUGAAAAAACCAAACAUCUCAGAAAUGCUGAUAUGAUAGUUAAAGAACUAUUCAUUGAAAACGCUAAACUCAAGUCAAUAGUACAUAAUAUUCAAAUUAAAAUUGACAAAGGAACUUACAAUUCUAUGUGAGAAUUUACUAUGCAUAUUGUUUUUAUUGUCAUUAUUAUUAUUGAUUAUUUCUUUUCCUAAUUUAAAUUUUUUAGUUUUAAGAUGUUGACUUUUCUUUUGUUUUUUUCUAUUGAUUAGUUUUUUUUUAAUUUAAAUAUUAGUAAUAAAUCAUGGUAAACAGUGCCUUACAAGUGAGCUUAUCACGGCUUAUUUAGCCAUGUUAUAAAAAACCAACGCAGGGUAAUUUUAAAAUUAUAUAACAUUUUUAUAUCGGCUACUGUAUUAAAACAAAAAUAAUAGUUCUAUAUUUUUAAGUAAUGAAAUUUUUAUAAUAUUAAAUCAUACUUAAGUUAUCGUAAUAUAGCCAAUAUAUUACUGCAUGUAUUAUUUAAUUAUGAUUCAAUCUAUUAUGUUUUUUUAGUUUUAUUCGAGUCUUUAAAUAACCACAAAUGUUACUUUAAUACCAAAUAAUACUACUUAUUUAAACUAUAUUUUUUUAUUAUAAUUUUCUGUACUUUUAUGUUUUUUUUUAGUAUUUUUUUCUGAUUAUUAUGUUACGCAUAUUGGUUACCAUUUAAUAUGUUCUUCUCUCACCUAUGUUUUACUGGUAAAUUUAUUCUAUCUGUAUAAAUUGCUAUUUACUUUAACCAUCAAGUUUUAUUUUCCUAUUUAUACUCAUUAUAAAAAAAAUUUUAAUUAAACUUUAAUUUUUUUUUUUUUUUGGAAGGUAUAACCUAAAUUAAUUCACUAUAGAAAUGAUCCUAUUUUAAAUGUUUACUAAUCCUUAAGUUUAAUAAUUAUUUCUAAAAAAAUAUCAAUAAUCAUAUUUAUAAUAAUUCAAUUUAACUAUCUCAUUAUUUUGGUUAAAAUAAAAAUUGUAAACAUCUACCAAAUAAAUUAUUUGUACAAAAAUGAUUUAAAUAAAAUGUACAAUUUCAUAUAAAUUUUUUAUGUACAGUGAAACUUAGGUUUGCAGAAGUGAAGGUAUUUGUAAUAAUAAUUAAUAACCCAUUUAAUGCAUGCUAUAGCGUAAUCUUGUAUUUUUUUUAACAUUUAUAUUCUUAUCAUUUUUAUUUAACUUUGCUAAUAAUCUAGUCAAUUACUUUGUACCUAAUUUAAAUUUAUUGUAAUCAUCAUAAACUUCUAUUAAAAGUUUUUAAUUAUUUUACACCUAAUUUCAAAAAAUUUUGAUGUUCAUAAGCAAAUAAUUUCUUUUUAUUAUUAUUGUGGAAAACGUGAAUGUAUGAAUAUAUAAUAGUUUAAUUUUUGAUAUAAGUUAUAUUAUUGUUUUAUCUUAAUUGGUUGUGACAAAAUAAAUUUUUAACAUUA